GUGCUCAUUUCCCAGGAGACCUAUGGGGAUAUCUCGGAGCGGCUGCUGCUGAGGGAGAAGCUGAAAUGCCAAAGUUUUGAAUGGUAUUUGAAAAAUAUCUACCCUGAACUACACAUACCUGGGGACAGAGGGGGCUGGCAUGGUGCUGUGCGUAGCUUAGGGAUUCACUCUGAGUGUCUUGACUAUAACUCCCCAGAGCACAGUCCCACAGGCGCCCACCUCUCUCUGUUCGGCUGCCACGGACAGGGAGGCAACCAGUACUUUGAAUACACUACUCAAAAGGAGAUCCGUUUCAACUCGGUGACAGAGCUGUGUGCUGAAGUACCUGAGGGCCAGACCUACAUCGGGAUGAAGGCAUGCCUUCAUGAUGGGCAGCUCAACCCUCCCAGUGUUGCUUGGGACUUCAGAGAGGACGGGACCAUCUACCACCAUCACUCUGACAUGUGUUUGACAGCCUACCGCAUCCCAGAGGGCCGCACAGACACCCAGAUGAAGCGAUGCACCCCCGGAGAUAAAAACCAGCAGUGGAAGUUUGAGUCGUAGGAGGGAUAGAGAGCUGCAGGGAACCUCAAGUGACCUUCUUUCACCAUAGUGCAAUUACUACAGUGGAUGUCUUCCCUGUGACUGCUCUCCAUUUGACUGGCAACAGGGAGCAAAUGAAAGGUGGUGAAACAGUCACUUUAAGCCAGUGACUCACCCAAUUCAAAGCUUUUAUACACGUGUGAAAGACUAAGUGCAGGUCGCGAAGAGUGAAUGAGAGAUGCAAGGCGAUGUUUAUUGGACUUUUUUUAGAAGACCAGCAGAACUUGAGACUUUUACAUUUGUGUUGCUUUCAUCCAAGUGCCUCUGCAACCAAAGUGAAGUCCAGUGCACAUCUGUAAUUGUAAUGUUGUACUUUAAUCUAAUGCAACAACUUGAAAUUAGUGAAACUGAUUUGACUGUCGAGAAAGUGCCUCCUAAAGAAAUUGAAGCAUUUCCUAGAAAAUGUAUUUCAAAAAUCAUGCUGCACUACAGAAUGUUACCUUGAUGUGCAAUUAAUUUUAAGUAUUUUUAUUGAGUCCUUUAAGUCAGCAGCAUUUUGACCCUAACCAGCUACUUCCUAACAUGCUGCAUCAUGUGAGGACAACAGGGAGAGAGCGGUCACACUAGACUGCUUCUCAAUUCUAUCUCGUGUCUGUGAAGCCAGUUUCCUGGUGGGAUGCUGCCUGAACAUGACUGGGAGCAUUCCUUAAUUAUUCAUACUAAGUGCAAUUUACCCCAGAGGGCUUAGUUAGUCGACAGGUAUGUUGUAAUCUAUUCUUACCUGUUGUGUAAAAUUAGGAAUACCCUUCGGUUGUAAUCUUUUAAGAACUUGUUGGUGCCGAAACGAAAUGUGCCAGUGGAUUUGAAAUGAAUUGCAUAUGUGUUUUUAAUGCUCAAAACUAAACACUGGCGCGAUGCACUUGAUUUUAUACAGCAAGCAAUGGCUUAAAGGGAGUGCCUGUUUGAUUUAAUCCAGCAGUUUGUCAGUGCAAGACUGUUUUGUUUAGACUUGUGUGUGUAAACCGUACUUGAAGCAGCAUCAUGAAAAAGUCCUGUUUUAUUUUUCACUGAAGGCCUGUUGGUGUUUCCACUGAGACUCAGUUACCAAGAGAUGCAGUGUAACUGUUGUUGAAUAGCAGCUGUAUUUGCCGAAGACUGCUUAUCACUGAGCAAUGUUUGGUGUCCUUUGAAUUCAUGAAUAUGAGAUAUUCAUACUAGUCGAUGGAUACAGCAGGUAAACAUGUACAGUGAGAUGACUCCUGUUUUUCUGUAACUUUGUAAAUAAUGUUUGGUUUAAGGGACCAGAGUGGGACAGUGCUGUUGUGAAGCACUUUUAAAACUACUGAAAAUGCAAAAGGGAUGGCGAUGAUGAUUACUUGAUAUGAAGAAGAGGGUGAUGAUUGAAAUGGGAUGGAUGUCAAUAAUGGUUCAAACUGUUGGGAUGAUUGAAGGAAUAAAAACAAACUAACCACA